GUAAAGUAAAAUUACAUAUAACAAUGCCUGCUAUCGGGAUUGAUCUAGGAACAACGAAUUCAUGCGUGGCCGUUUUCAGGAAUGGACAGGUGGAAAUUAUUCCCAACGAACAGGGUAACCGUUUAACACCUUCGUGUGUUUCAUUUACAUCUGAAGAACGUCUAAUUGGGGAUGCGGCGAAACAGGAGGCUCCAAUUAACUUUGAAAACACUCUGAUUCAAAUCAAACGUUUAAUUGGAAGAACAUACGAUGACCCAGUGGUGCAAGAAGAUAUGAAACUUUGGGGAUUCGUAAUUCUGAAUGAUGGAAAUAAACCCAAAAUACCGGUUGUUCAAUGCUACGAACGAAAGGUAUAUUACCCAGAGCAAAUCAGCGCAAUGGUUCUGGAAGAAAUGAAAAAGACUGCUGAGAACUACCUUGGCGAAGAAAUCACUGAUGCUGUUAUUACUGUUCCUGCUUAUUUCAAUGACGCUCAACGCAGAGCAACAAAAGAUGCUGGAAAAAUUGCCGGCCUCAAUGUUAUUGGGAUGAUCAACGAACCCACUGCUGCUGCGGUGGCGUAUGGAUUAGAUCGUAUGAAUGAAAGCGAGCGGAAUGUUCUAAUAUUUGAUCUCGGAGGGGGAACAUUUGACGUCACGGUGGUAAAAAUUCAAGAGAGUAUAUUUGAAGUUCAGGCAACUGGCGGUGAUACGCAUUUGGGAGGUGAGGACUUCGAUAACCGAAUGGUUGAUCACUUUGUUGAGGAAUUCAAACGUCAACAUGACGUAGAUGUUUCAGUGGACAGAAGAGCCUUGAACAGACUGAGAGUUCAGUGUGAGGCUGCAAAAAGAAAGCUGUCUGUCUCAACUCAGGCAAAGGUACAGAUAGAUUCUCUUCAUGAAGGAAUUGAUUUCCGCAGCUCGAUGUCUCGCGCUAGAUUUGAGACUCUGAAUCAGGACUUGUUUACAAAGACAAUUGAGACUGUCGCACAGGCAUUGGAAGACGCAAAAAUGUCAAAGGACGAGAUUGAGGAUAUUGUUCUUGUUGGUGGUUCAACUCGCAUUCCAAAGAUACGAGAAUUAUUGGAAAACUUCUUCAGAGGAAAAGAUCUUUGUAGAACUAUCAAUCCUGACGAAGCUGUUGCAUAUGGUGCCGCUGCACACGCUGCUAAUCUGUCGAACGACGAAUCGUCCCUGAUAAAGGAAUUUCAACUUCAUGAUGUUGCACCUCUAUCACUUGGUGUUGAAGUGGGUGGAUGCGAUAUGUCAGUCAUUGUCAAAAGGAAUACAAACAUACCGUUUAAAAACACGGAAAAUUAUACGACUUCAGUAGACAACCAGAGCUCGGUGUUGUUCAAAGUAUUUGAAGGAGAGCGCGCAGCGACAAAAAACAACACACUCUUGGAUAGCUUUCAAAUCGAUGGAAUACUCCCUGCGCCGAGAGGAAUUCCCCAUUUUGAUGUGUGCUUCGAUAUUGAUGCAAAUGGCAUUCUGAAUGUCAGUGGACGUGACAGAGCAACGGGAAAAUAUCAGCAAAUUAUCAUCUCCAGCGAUAGAGGACGACUAAGCAAAGAAGAAAUUUCAAGAAUGGUUGCUGAGGCAGAACGCUACAGAAGUGAAGAUGCGUUAUGGAAAGAACAAAGUGAAGCCAGAAACAUGCUAGAAAACUACACGUACGCAAUCAAGCAUUACAUAGAAAACCCCGAAAACUGUGGUGAUAUCACAGUGAAGGAACAGUCAAAAGUUGUUGAUAAAUGCAAUGAAAUACUUGGUUGGAUUGAUAAUAACAAGAACACUUUGAAAAAGUCCUUCGAAUCAAAGAAAGAAGAGUUGAAAUCUUUCUGUCUUCCCGUGCUUUCCAAAUUAUCUGGUGGGACAGAUUUGUUGGAGAGUUUGGAGAAAAAGGACUGAAUAUUUCCUCAGUUAUUUUUACGGCCCAAAGAGUUGGAGUAGAUGUAAAUGCCGGUUUAAAUAAUGUACAUAUCCAAUUAAUCCCCGAGAACUAGAGGUCACAAUUUAGGGCCUUUGAUUUUAUAAGUCAUGGCAAAUCAGUUGAUAAAAAGUCCAGAGUUCAUUAAGAAUUCAUAAAGUAAAGUUAUAUUACAUUGUCAGAAUUGUUAUUACUUAUCGAUUUUAAUCGGUAAGUAUGUUGAUAGGUAUUUGUCUGUCUGUGUGUUAGUCUGUCUGUUAGAUGCACGCGAUAUCUCACGAAAGCGAGAUAUGUGCAUUCAUCAUA